UUGAUGCUCCUCCGGCGAUCUCUGAUCGGCUACGAAGCUCCCUCCGACCUGCAACCGACGUGUUACUGCUCAUAGUGAAGUCAACGAAGUGGCAAAUUGUCAAUCUUUGGGGGUGUCGUGAUUGGUGGCUUGCUGGGUGGAUUGAGUUGCAGCAGGUGGCGUGAUGCAGAGCUCCACUAGCCAGUUCGAGCCCGGCCAGCGAGUCCAUUUCUCCGGCGACCCCCGCCGGGUGGGCACUGUUAAGUAUGUCGGGCCGGUGCAAGGCUACGAGGGGACGUGGGUCGGGGUGGACUGGGACAACGGGGAAGGUAAGCACGACGGGUCCGUCAAUGGCGUACGGUACUUCCACGCGAAUUCGGAUCGGUCCGGGUCCUUGGUGCGGCCCCCGAAUUUGAGUCCGGGCGUUUCCCUGCUGAAGGCCCUCCAUAGCCGAUACCGAGCUGAAUCGAAUCAAGAAGAGAAUGAUGAAAUGUACGUCCUUUCGGCCAGCAACAGGCGCGUAUCCGUUCAGCUUGUCGGUAGAGACAAGAUUCAGGAGAAACUGGGUCAGCUGGAAGAGAUGAAAGGUGCUUCUCUGGCUUUUGGAGGUGUUAGCUCAGUCGGAAACAUCGAUGGAGUCGUGCCCAAUUUGCAGGAGCUAGACAUGACAGGAAAUUUGCUGUCCGACUGGAAGGAUAUUGCCAUCCUAUGCGAGCAGUUACCGGCUCUCACAGUCCUCAAUUUAUCUUACAAUUUGAUGAAAGCAAACAUUCCUGAGUUACCACAGCUGAAACAUCUCCGAAUUCUAGUUUUAAACAACACUGGCAUGAAGUGGACACAUGUUUAUUUGCUUAAAGGGUCCCUUCCGUUGAUUGAGGAGUUGCAUCUUAUGGGGAAUAAGAUAAGUGAAAUUAAUCCAACAAAAUCCUUCGCCGUUGAAGGCUUUGAUUCUCUCCGUCUUCUCAAUUUGGAAGAUAAUUCUAUAGCUGAAUGGGAUGAAAUUCUCAAACUCUGUCAGCUCAAAAGCUUGGAGCAGCUUCAUUUGAAUAAGAACUGCUUGAAACGUAUUUUUUACCCAGACGAUGAUAUCCUGCACGAAAAAUUUGUCCAGGAAAGCUUCACUCCAUUCCAAAACUUGAGAUGUCUUCUUUUGGGAGGUAAUCUCAUUGAGGAUGUGGCUUCUGUUGACUCAUUCAACUUUUUCCCACAAUUGGUGGAUGUCAGGCUCUCCGAAAAUCCAGUAACUGAUCCUGGAAGAGGCGGUAUCCCCCGAUUUGUUCAGGUUGCACGAUUAGCAAAAGUUCAAGUCCUGAAUGGGAGUGAGGUGAGCCCUCGGGAGAGGAAAGAGUCUGAGAUACGCUAUGUACGUCUUGUUAUGUCAAAGUGCACAGGGAACCCAGAAGAAGCCAGACGAAUCCACCCCAGGUUUGCUGAGCUCAAGCAACUACAUGGGAUUGAGGACGAGAGGCCAUCAAUUGGAUCCACAGGCCCCCAGAAAAUGGCUUCUGGCCUCAUAUCUGUAACUUUAAAAUGCGUGGGACCAUCCAUCGGCGAGAAGCCUCAGCAGACGAAGAAAUUACCUGCCACCACUACGGUUGGAAAGUUGAAGCUUCUUUGUGAAAACUUCUUUAAGUUGAAGUCUAUCAGGCCAAAGCUAUUCCUUGAGGAAGAGGGGUCCCCUCUUCCGGUGUUGCUCGAUGAUGAAAUGGCAUCCUUGUUAGACCUCGGCAUAGGUAACGGUUCGGUUAUUCUAGUCGAUGAAGAGAGCUAAACACUGAGCGAGCUCCAUAAAUCAGCUCAUCUCCAGUCUACGCAACCCUCUCACGGUGGAACAGUAGAAAGGAAUUUCCACAAUGACUGCAGAUCCCCAUGAUAGAAUUUGAGAAUAUAAACUCUUAUUGUGCCCAAAAAAUUGAUUUCGAGCAGAAUCAUUAGCCGAAAUGAUCGUCAACCGGCAGUAUUCUUAAUCCCAUGCGAUUUUUUUUGCACAAUUUUCUGACAGUGAAGGUUGGGUGAUGGAUAUGGAACUUUGAGAAAUUGGAACUCGACCGCUACUUGGAAGAGCACACAAGUGCCAUUUUAUCCUCA